AUUAAGGCGGCGGCAUCAUUAUCAUCACCGGCCCGGCCCGACUGUGCUGAUUUAUUUCUCGCUUUCCGGGAUCCGCUUUUUAAAAAAAAGAUGUCGUACGGUCCGCUAGAGACUUACCGGCCCGGUGGGGUGCCGGCCCCGCCUCGGGACUUCAGCAGCAUUAUCCAGACCUGCAGCGCCAACGUACAGCGCCUGACACAAUGCACUUCUCAGAUAAAGAAUUUGAUGAGCCAACUGGGAACUAAGCAAGACUCCAGCAAGCUUCAGGAAAACUUGCAACAGUUGCAGCACACUGCAAACCGGCUUGCCAAGGAGACCAAUGAGUACCUGAAGGAGCUGGGCUCCCUGCCGCUCCCCUUAUCUUCACUGGAACAGCGCCAGCAGAAACUUCAGAAGGAGCGUUUAAUGAGUGACUUUUCCGCUGCCUUAAAUAACUUCCAAGCGGUGCAGAGAAGAGUGUCUGAGAAAGAGAAAGAAACUGUUGCCCGGGCAAGGGCUGGUUCCCGUCUCUCUGCAGAGGAGAGGAACAAGGAUGAGCAGCUGGUCUCAUUUGACAGCAAUGAAGAGUGGAAUCAGAUGCAGUCUCAAGAAGAGGAUGUGAUAACAGAACAAGACCUUGAGCUAAUUAAGGAGAGAGAAACGGCCAUCAGACAAUUAGAGGCAGAUAUCCUGGACGUGAACCAGAUAUUUAAAGAUUUGGCUAUGAUGAUCCACGAUCAAGGAGACAUGAUCGACAGCAUAGAAUCGAGUAUAGAGAAUGCAGAGGUACACGUGGAAAAUGCGAAUGAACAGCUACAGAGAGCUUCGUAUUAUCAGAAAAAAUCUCGUAAGAAGAUCUGCAUCCUGAUUGUUGGCCUUGUUGUGGUUUCCCUAAUCCUGGGCAUUGUCAUCUGGCAGGCAACAAAAUGAAGUCCCUGAGUAGAAUUGGAUUAACUGCAGUGUUGUCGGGUAUUUUCCCCCCAGCACUCAAGGGGAAAAUAAGUAGACAAGCCUGUGAAACAAAGUGAUCUAGAUGCGAAGGAGCACAAACCAGUUUUCCUCUAGUUAUUCUAUAUAAAAACUAACAUGAAGAAAAAUAGUUCUUGGACUUGGUGAACUCUGACGACAGUAUUUAUCAGUUUGUGUAAAACUAUUUUAUGUAACUGAUCUUGUGGUUUUUUUUGUUUUCUGUACUAUAUAAACUAAAUGCAGUCCCGAAUGUAAAGUGUUGAAGAGUCUAUGACCUUGUUUAACUGACAUGUGCAGAUAUGAUUUUUUUUAAGUCUGUGCUCCUUUUAUAAGUGAUUUGCAUAUGCACUACUUCCAACAAGGACAAACUUUCACUUACCCAGCAAUUUUAAGUCUCUGACUGAUUAAUUAGACACAAUACGGACAGCCACUUCAGGUAGGCACAUACAGGCGAGUUUCUUUCAAAGGGUAGCUCCUCCACCCCAUUGCUGGUCGCUUUUGAAACUUCACCAUGUUUCAGAAGCAGCUUUUUAUGCAGAAUUGUGAGCUGGUAGUUUGGGGGGGGGGGGGAGACCAACUUCACGACACUCAAAAUUAAGCGUACCAUUGUUUGUGUAGGGCUCGGCUUUUAAAUUGCCAAGGGAAAAGGCAACCCUCUUUCUCUUAAAUGCUACAGUAGAAAACAUUGAGGCCACCUGGGUUUGAGACCAAGAAUAUAUCUGGUAACUGGUUUUCUCCCCCUGUGCUAUGUUUGUGGUGACACUGAAUCAUUUUAGCAGUGUGUUCCAAUGUCUUGUUUCCUAGUGAAAUUGUCAUUGGUGAUGGACUGUAGAGCCACUUGAGUCUGUUCUCAGUGUAUGCGUCUAGCCACAUGCAUUAGAGAUAUUUCAUGAAUGUGACUUCAGAUUAUCUUGGAACAAAUACUACUGUGGGUAGGAAACAAAGCACUAAGCCUAUAAUGGCUUCAACAGAUAACAUAGUAAGGGGGGGUAUGCAUUUUGUGGUUAGCUACCAAAUUUCAGUCUUUGAAACAGAAAGCUGCUUUCUCGCAGGGCUGUGAGAGUCUGACUGAACUGAUGUACUGGUGGAAUUGUUAAAUAGAGCACUUUCAGUCCAGUCCUACUCCUCAAAGUAACUGGCAAAAAAGAGAUGUACAAGUUGCUGGUCCUAUAUUCAAGAACCUGCAACUUCCUUCUACUGACACACUCAUUUAUAUUUGUUCCUGUUUUCCCUUAUGUAAAUUACUAAACUGUGAAAGUGAAAGUCUGUGUGGGAGAACGAUGCCCUCAGUUGCACAUCUUUCUUUGCACUACGA